CGAGGUCAGUUUUGCGUGAGACGUGGGAGAGGAAAGACGCACAGCUUAGAGCCAAGAACACUUGCUUGGGCUGAGAUGUCGCGCCUGAAGGCUCUGGUGCUGCUUGGUCUUGUCACAGCCGUCUAUGCACGGAGUGUGACCGGACCGGCGCUGAAGGCCUCGUCACGCAGGUCGAAAAUGACGCGAAGAUGGAGAACGUCAUCCGGCGUCGGCUCCAUCAACUCCAUCAGCACAGCGGAGGGUGAGCCUCUCUCCCGCUCGCUGCCCCCCAAGUGCACAGCAGAGGGCUUCUUCCCCCAACCCGGUUCUUGCACGGAUUUCUACCGGUGUGUGGACUGGUCAGGUACCGGGACGCGGUUCUCUGCCUUCCGUUUCAACUGUCCUUACGGAACGGUUUUCGACGACGACCUCGACAUCUGCAACCACCCUGCGGCGGUGAAGAACCCUCCCGAAUGCUCCGGCGCCGCUGGAAACCUGCCGUUGCCUGAACCUCCUGGCGUGGACGCAGGAGGAGUAGGAGGAACUGGAGUAGGAGGAACUGGAGGAGUAGGAGGAACUGGAGGAGUAGGAGGAACUGGAGGCGUAGGAGGAACUGGAGGAGUAGGAGGAACUGGAGGAGUAGGAGGAACUGGAGGAGUAGGAGGAACUGGAGGAACUGGAGGAACUGGAGGAGUAGGAGGAACUGGAGUAGGAGGAACUGGAGGAGUAGGAGGACCUGGAGGAGUAGGAGGACCUGGAGGAGUAGGAGGAACUGGAGGAGUAGGAGGAUCCCCUGCAAUCCCAGGUACCCCUGGUACCCCUGGAAUCCCCGCAGUCCCUGGUACUCCAGGUACCCCUGGUACCCCAGGCACCCCUGGUACCCCUGGAAUCCCCGCAGUCCCUGGUACUCCAGGUACCCCUGGUACCCCAGGCACCCCUGGUACCCCUGGAAUCCCCGCAGUCCCUGGUACUCCUGGUACCCCUGGUACCCCAGGCACCCCUGGUACCCCUGGAAUCCCCGCAGUCCCUGGUACUCCAGGUACCCCUGGUACUCCAGGCACCCCUGGUACCCCUGGAAUCCCCGCAGUCCCUGGUACUCCAGGUACCCCUGGUACCCCAGGCACCCCUGGUACCCCUGGAAUCCCCGCAGUCCCUGGUACUCCUGGUACCCCUGGUACUUCAGGAACACCUGCAGUCCCUGGUACUCCUGGUGCUGUUAUACCUAGUGGUACAAAUGUACCAGGAACAGAAGCUAGUGGUGGGACCCCUGGUACUCCUGGAAUCCCUGGUACUCCCGGAACCCCUGGUACUUCUGGAACCCCUGUAGUCCCAGGUACUUCUGGUACUCCCGGAAUCCCUGGUACUUCUGGAACCCCUGGUACUUCUGGAACCCCUGUAGUCCCAGGUACUUCUGGUACUCCUGGAAUCCCUGGUACUCCUGGAACCCCUGGUACUCCCGGAAUCCCUGGUACUUCUGGAACCCCUGUAGUCCCAGGUACUUCUGGUACUCCUGGAACCCCUGGUACUCCCGGAACCCCUGGUACUCCCGGAAUCCCUGGUACUUCUGGAACCCCUGUAGUCCCUGGUACUUCUGGUACUCCCGGAACCCCUGGUACUUCUGGAACCCCUGGUACUUCUGGAACCCCUGUAGUCCCAGGUACUUCUGGAACCCCUGUAGUCCCAGGUACUUCUGGUACUCCCGGAAUCCCUGGUACUCCUGGAAUCCCUGGUACUCCCGGAACCCCUGGUACUUCUGGAACCCCUGUAGUCCCAGGUACUUCUGGUACUCCCGGAAUCCCUGGUACUUCUGGAACCCCUGGUACUUCUGGAAUCCCUGGUACUCCCGGAACCCCUGGAACCCCAGGUAUUUCUGGAACAAACGUACCAGGAACUGAAGCUAGUGGUGGGACCCCUGGUACUCCUGGAACCCCUGUAGUCCCAGGUACUUCUGGUACUCCCGGAACCCCUGGUACUUCUGGAACCCCUGUAGUCCCAGGUACUUCUGGUACUCCCGGAACCCCUGGUACUUCUGGAACCCCUGGUACUUCUGGAACCCCUGUAGUCCCAGGUACUUCUGGUACUCCCGGAACCCCUGGUACUUCUGGAACCCCUGGUACUUCUGGAACCCCUGGUACUCCUGGAACCCCUGUAGUCCCAGGUACUUCUGGUACUCCCGGAACCCCUGGUACUCCUGGAACCCCUGUAGUCCCAGGUACUUCUGGUACUCCCGGAACCCCUGGUACUCCUGGAACCCCUGUAGUCCCAGGUACUCCUGUCACUCCCGGAACCCCUGGUACUCCUGUAAUCUCCGGAAGCCCAGGUGGUUCUGGCGUCCCUGUUCCUCCCAGCGGCGCGAACGUCCCGGGGACAGAAGUUAGCGGCGGGGCCCCUGGCUCACCCGGAGGGACCCCUGCCGUCCCUGGCAGCACAUCUGGAACCCCUGGUACGUCUGGUACCCCGGUAGUACCAGGCGCAUCUGGAACUGGCACGGGUUUCCCGAGUGGUACAAACGUUCCAGGAACUGACGUCAGCGGUGGAACCCCUGGUACUCCCGGAACCCCUGGUACUCCUGGAACCCCUGGAACCCCUGGUACUUCCGGAGUCCCAGGAACCCCUGGUACUCCAGCAAUCCCUGGUACUCCCGGAACCCCUGGUACUCCUGGUACUCCCGGAGUCCCAGGCACCAUUGGAACUCCUGCAAUCCCUGGCACUCCCGGAACCCCUGGUACUCCAGCAAUCCCAGGCACUCCCGGAACCCCUGGAACCCCUGGUACUCCCGGAGUCCCAGGCACCAUUGGAACUCCAGCAAUCCCAGGCACUCCCGGAACCCCUGGAACCCCUGGUACUCCCGGAACCCCUGGUACUCCCGGAACGCCUGGUAGCUCUGGAAGCAUUGGCGGAGGUGUAGGUAUUGCGCGACCCCCUCCCUUCACCCUAAUGUGUUACCAUGACAACAAGUACCGUCGCCACCCACUCUUCUGCAACAGUUACUACUACUGCAUAUGGGAUGGUGUUAACUGGAAUUUCCCCAUCUUCACCUGUCCUGCAGCACUGAUCUUUGAUGAAGAAACUCAACAGUGUUCUUAUCCAGAUGACACAAAGCCUUGUGACGCCCAGUUAGCACCAUACCCUACUCCUCAACCUACGAAGCCGGUUCCCGAAGUAACGACUCCUCAGCCUGUUGAAACAACAACACAAAAGAACUGGCAGGUUGAUGAAUCAAGCCAAUACGCAUGCCCAGCACCAGGCUAUUAUCCCUUCGAAGGUGACUGUGUCAGGUUCUACAAAUGUGUUGAGCUUGAAGAUGGAAGUCUGAAAGGUCUCCUGUACAAAUGUCCUAAUGGAUACGGCUACUCUGAGGAACGUCAGCGGUGCUGGCCUGAAGAGGACCUUCCUGCGUGCCGAAGGAUCAUUCAAGACGCUCAUCUUCGACUAGAAACUGCUACGCCAGUCUAUCCUGAAGACCUCUUCUGGUUCUUCAACAACAAGAAGUAAUUCGAGUCUUUUUGACAAAGUGGAGAUUGAUACACACGCGAUCAGUCUGAGGCAUUAAUUACUGUUUCUCUGACAAGGAGAAAUAUCUUGAGACUGGUUGCUAUCCCUUCAUGGGUCUUUGCAAUCAUAAAAUAUUUUGUCCGUGAAUAUCUCUACAUGAUAUGUUGCCCCAAAAUAAGAUUUAUUGUUCACUGGGACUCACACCGCCCAUGCUUAGGUGUAGGAUCUACUGUAUUUGUAAAGUUUUACGUAGUGCAAUAUGUACAAAUUACCAUGGAUUUUACUUCCAAAUAAUGCUUUUUACAAACAGCCAAAGAAGUAAAACCAGCAAAAUAAAGGUCUGAUAUGCAGCUCUGUCAAAUAUAGCAUUCAAGGGAUGGUGAAUAUACGGUUAUUUAUGAGCUCCAGAGAACCAUCAUCAGCACACCAGACACCGCUGUUGCCACCUGCUCACAGACAGCUGAGAAUUUUGAAGCUGUGUAGUUUAUUCCCCCAAUAGUUCGUAUUACCACUUUAUACAUGUUUCAGCGUUAUCUCCAUGCUCCCUCAAAGUGACAAAUAAAAUUGUCGGGCAUUCAAAAGGCUGGAGAGGCGCUAAAUCAUGUAUUAGACUUAGGCAUUACUCUCACGUUAUGGCGUAGCUAAGGUUGUUGAAGCGGUCUGAUGCUAUUUUACAAGGGAAAAGACCAAUUGAGAAUGACAACAACUAUAGCCACUAAUAUUUUGUGAGACUUUCAGUCAUGUGCCAAACCAGCAAGCAAAAUAUUCACGCUGCUUUUUAUUUCUGUGUACAUUAUUUAUUCUAUUUAUUCUAUUUAUGUAUGCCAUUGUUGCUUUACAAUUGUUAUUUGCAUUGUUGAUAAAUAUUGGUUGAAAUAAAAAUAUAUAUAUAUAAAUGUGUUAAAAA